AUGGCCAAGGCAGAGUCAGUGGAUCUGAAACUCUUAGGCUUCUUUGGUGCUAAAGGGACGCCUGACUCUGAAGCCGGCAAGGGCCCUACCUGGAGCCCUACUUGGAGCCCUACUUCGAGCCCUACCUCUCCCCUUGAUUUUGGAGUUUUUGCAAACUUUGGUGGCUUCUUCAGCCCCAGGUCUCCAGCUCCCUCAUCUCCCAGAUUUAACAAAUGGGUUUGUGACAAAGUUGGUCUUUCUCUUCUCACUUGCAUCACUGGAGAUGGCGAAGAAAACAUCGUGCUUGCACCUCAGAUCAAGCUCAAUGUCAGUAGUGCAAGAGCCGAGCCUUCCAGUAAAUCGUUUGCUCCUUGUGUUCAAUCUGAUCCCUUGCCUAACAACAUUGAUUCCCCGAGUAGAUCAACCUCAUCCCCCAUGGAUAUUGUCUCCAGCCACACCCAGGUUUACUCUCGUGAGAUGGCGCUCUCUGAGGAUUACACCUGUAUCAUUUCUCAUGGCCCAAACCCAAAAACAACUCAUAUCUUUGGAGAUUGCAUCCUGGAUUGUGACCCCAAAGAGUUGAGAGCGGAAGGCGAUGAUGAUUCUUUCAGCCGUCAAGAUUGUCACAACACUCCUCCUCAUAUUCACAGCAGCGACGGAAAGGAAACUGAGAAGACCGGUGUUGAAGAUUCUUUGGGAUCAUCAAGUGACAACGAGGAUGUGUUUCCAAUGGCAAUGCCUCUUCUCAAUCCAUGA